UGCGGAGCGUGUCUCGGCGGUGCGUUCAGGGCCCUGCAUCAGCCCCGUGUGGCCUUCAGGGUCUCCGGAGGGAACGGGCAGUAAACUUUGGCGGCGGCUGUUGACGGUGGCAGAUUAACGGGUUUACCGGGCCGCAUUACCGACGCUCACUGAGGGAUGUGAACGCAGGCGACAGUAACAGUAACCGGUGAUUCUGAACGGUUUCCGGUUGUGACGUUCGGCAGCGGGGUAACGUAAGCUCGGCCGCAGCCGCUGCGGACGUCCUGCGGCCGCCGAGCCGCUUCUGGAAAUAUCGAUAUUAUCGCCUCAAACUGAUCAGUUUCAUAUUCUCCGACUCUCCACACCGAGUGCGGCUCUUCUGGACUACAGGAGCCCCCGGUGCAGCAUUCGGCCCAGUAAUCCGGUCCCGAACCGCGGAGACUGCAGGAUCUAACCGGAGAGAAGGUGACCGCCGAACCGCGUCAGAAAAACACAGAUUUUAAACACAAGCCGGAUUUUUAUUGUGAUUCCGGGCUCUGGGGACCGGGUCUGUCUGAUCCGGACUACAGGAGACCCUUGUGGAUCAUUCGGCUGCCGGUAAAAAUCUGCUGGACGAUGGGGACUCAGGGACCGGGCAGGAAGAGGAUCCCGAACCGGGAGAAAGUGACGGCCGAGGACGAUGCUCUCAACCAGAUCGCUCGGGAGGCGGAGGCGAGGCUGGCGGCGAAGCGAGCUGCGAGGGCCGAGGCCCGAGAGAUCCGGAUGAAGGAGCUGGAGAGACAACAGAAAGAGCUGUUUCACAGCCACAAGAAGUAUUAUGGUCUGGAUAAUAAGUGGGGGCACAUUGAGCAGUGGAUGGAGGACAGUGAGCGGUAUUCUCGCCACUCACGGAGACACGCUUCGAUGUCAGAUGAUGAAGAGAGAAUGUCUGUGGGCAGCAGAGGAAGCUUCAGGCCUUCAGACUACAGUGGGUUUUUGGGCUCCAGCUCUCGAGCGUCCUCCAGGGCCAGUUCAGCUCGUGCGAGCCCAGUGGUGGAGGAGAGACCGGACAGAGACUUCCUGGAUAAAGGUUCAAGGACGGCUUCGACUCUCUCCGCCGCCACUCUCGCCUCUCUGGGCGGAGCUUCAUCUCGCAGAGGAAGCUGCGACACGUCUUUCUCCGUGGAGACGGAGGCGUCGAUCAGAGACAUGAAGGAGUCUCUGGUGGAGGCGGAGGAGAAGUACCGUAGAGCGAUGGUCUCUAACGCUCAGCUCCACAACGAGAAGUCUGCUCUGAUGUAUCAGGUAGAAACUCUGAAGGAAGAACUCAGCAACAUGGAGGAGCUGCUGUGGGAGUCACGACGACACUGCGACGGCAGGACCAAGGAGUUUGAGCGUGAGCGUCAGGCUCACAGUGUUCUCCAGUUCCAGUUCAAAGAGAUGAAAGAAACCCUGACACAGACUGAAGAGCUGCUGACGGAGGUGUCUGACCUGCGGGUGAAGAGCAGCAGUUAUUGUCAGGAGGUUUCUGACCUGCAGGAAGUUCUGCAGUGGAAAGAGAAGAAGAUGGUGGCGUUAGAGAGGCAGAGGGAGAUCUCUGACGUUGUUCGGAGGGAGCGUGAUCGGCUCAGAGACGAGGUGGUCGCACUCAGAGAUUUAUUGAAGCAACACGGGGUCGUCGUCUUUCCCGAGUUCUCCACCAAUGGGGAGAUAAGACAGGGUGAGGAUGACGUCAGCGCUGAAUCUGCCGCCCGAUUGGACGAGGAGCCGUCUCCUGGUAGCAGAGAGAGCGCGCUCGAACUCCGGCUGAAGAAACUAUUAGAAGAAAGAGAGAGUUUACACGAUCAGGUGAGGCUGUUAAAGUCUCAGCUGGAUCAGAGACAGAAGAACGGGAACGACGGGGUCCAGAAUCCAGAGGGGGGCGGUCUGGAGAACGGGAUUGACGCUCAUCUUCUGGACCUACAGAGAGACGCCAACAGACAAAUGAGUGAGCUCAAGUUCAAACUGGUGAAAUCUGAACAGGAAGUCACCACCCUGGAACAAAAUGUGAUCCGACUGGAAGGUCAGGUGACUCGAUACAAGUCAGCGUCAGAAAAUGCUGAGAAGGUCGAAGACGAGCUGAAAGUGGAGAAGAGAAAACUCCAGAGAGAGCUCCGCUCAGCUCUGGACCGGAUCGACGAGCUGGAGGCCAGUAACAGCCACCUGUCCAAACGCCUGGAGAAGAUGAAGGCCAACCGGAACGCCCUGCUGGCCCAGCAGUGACGCUCCACAUACUUCAGUGAACUGUUUGUGUUUUCAUCGUGACAAUCAGCGCUUGUUUUUACUCUGCAUGCAGCACCGGACGGGGGUGACUGAUCUGAAAACAAACCAAAAGCAUGGCAUCUGAGGAGAUGGAGAGCGAUGUGUGAACGAUCCAUCAAUCAAUCAGUCAAUCGAUCAAUCAUGCACACGGUUCCACACCUGUAGCUCUAUGAUCCCGGCGCCAUGAACACAGCUGACGUCUGCAUGGGUGGAGUUUAUCACACACUCCUUCUGCCCUUUACUGAGUCUGAAAACUUCUUCUCAACACAUUUUCUGAAAAUCUUUUUGGUUUAGAGAAAAAUCUGCAUUCACAGAACAAACAACUCGUCAGUGUGUCGAUUUCUAUAGUUUUUGUGUUCAAACCUUUGAAUUUCCCUCCAGGAUUGUCCUGCUUUUUGUGGGAUUCUUGCGUCUUUUCAAAAAAACGUGUGAAAAUAUUUAAAAUAUAUAAAAUAUACAAUAAAUUGAAAGAAUUAAUUUAGAAUGAAAUGCAACUUGUGCCAGUGAAAAUUAAAUGGAACGUUUGCAUCGUCAUAACAAGAAUCAGUGAGGUGAGUUUGGUGACGUACGACUCACGAUGCACAGGAAUUAGUGAUUGGUUGAUUUUAUGUUAAUUAUCGAGCAACUGGUUAAUUAUUAGUUUGUUCCCAUGAACAGCAGCAAAACCUGAAAGAUAUGAAACCACCCAUUUUCUAACUGCUCCGUUAUCAAUAACGAGAUAUUGGUCUCAGGGUCGGGAUGAAAUAUAUCAAUAUAACAAUAUACAAUGUGUAUGUGACUCUGUAUAGUAUAUCUUCCUGGUGUGGUAAACUCCACCCAUCUGGCCCUCCAGCUGUGUUAAAAAAAACACUACAUCUGCCUCAUCAACAUUGAGCUGCUCCAUCUGCUGACGUGUGGCACUACCUCUCCUCCGCCACUCGGUGGCGCCGUUCCCUCAAAGAUCCACUACAGCAGAGAGUUCGGAUCGGAUCAAAGGGGGGUCGGACUGGAUCAAAGGGGGGUUGGACUGGAUCAAAGGGGGGUUGGACUGGAUCAAAGGGGGUCGGAUCGGAUCAAAGAGGCUCGGAUUGGAUCAAAGGGGGUUAGACUGGAUCAAAGGGGGUCAGACUGGAUCAAACGGGGUCGGACCGGCAGCAAUUUUAAACUUUCUUUUGGUUCUCCUGGUUUUAUUUUAUGUUUCUUGUGUAAAGCACUUUCGGUGUUGGGUUCGGUGUUUGGUUCGGUGUUAGGUUCGGUGGGGCUGGAGGUUGAGGCACUGACUGUAGAUCAGUUUAUUAGACCAGAACAAACAGCCCUGCCCACCAUGUUCCCAUGAGGGUGUUCAGGUAACUGAAGGGGGCGUGGCCAUGUGUGUCCAUGUAUGUACAGAACAGGUGGAGACUCACCUGACUCAUGUUAUUUUCUUUCAUGGCUCUCGGGAUGUACAAUCACCAGCUUGUAAAUGUCUGAUAUUCAUGUCUGUAAAUUGAGUGAAUGAAUGAAGAGUUUGGUUCCAGAGCGACAUAUUGAUCCCUGUGAUUGGUUAUUAUCAAUUGAUCAAUUCGGACUCAUGAAGGGGAAACAGUGAAGUGGACAGUUGGACGUCUUCCUGUCGCCAGUUAAACGCUGCUGAUUCUUUUCUUGUUGCUGUAAAAGUUCUGAAGUCAAACUCUUCAUGUAUUUAUCAGUAAUGUAUCGCAAUAACACCGUCAUUCAUGAAUGUAAGAAUGUGAGCUCUGCCAACAACAGCGGCAAUAUCGCCAACUUCUUCAUAUUCAGGUGGCGGGAACUGGACCAAUGUCGGCAUGGUAACGGGACGUCGGCAUGAUGGAAAGAAGAUUUCUUCGGCUGAGUUGUUUGAGGUGAACUUUGCUCUGAUUGGUGGAUGACUGUAAUGUAUCUGUCCUAUUGAUUAGGAUGUGGGAUCAAUAUAUAUCAUGUAGCGGCUCAGUGGGUUUUUUUUUUAUCAGUGACGACUGUAAUAAAUUCAUCAAUAUCUCA